AUGAAGACGAUUUUAUUUGUUGCUUUGAUUGCUCUUGCAAUCUCAAGCUCAUUUGCCGUUAAAAUCAAGGGUUCGUGUCCAAAACCAGAGAAACCCAAAGUUGAUUAUUGGUACUUUUCAAAUUUCGUACGUACAUGGAAUGUUUACGGUCGCAGCGAUGAAACUAUUCCAAAAACAGUUCAUAAUACGAUUGAUAUUUUCAACCUCUAUCCUGGAAAAGUUGCCAUUAUCGAAAAGGCUGAUACUCGAGACAGCAAUAUAAGAUCACAAUGGGACAAAUACAUGGACAUUAACAUUGGAGAUUUCGAUGGUAAAUCAUAUUAUAAGGUUUAUAACGCUACAUACGAUCCUUAUUCAUUCAACAUCACUACAUCAGAUGGUCAUCGAGGUCAAUUCUGGAUGCCUUAUCUCGAUAAAAAAACAAGUAAUACAGCCGUCUUAGCAAGUUGUGUUAAAAUUGAUGCUUCAACUGUUGAUGUCAAAGUUUGGUUUGUCGCAAAGAAUGGAGCAACGACAGUUACCCAAGAAAUUAAGGACAUUGUUAAAUCAUUGACUGGACAAGAAUUAAAAUCUGUCUGUCAAGGAAGCUUCUGUUGAUCGAUUUAACUGUUGUACUGGAAAACAAUUCUGUCCAAUUCCAUUAUAUCUAAGGUUGUAAUCAACUAUUUAGUAGUAACC